AUGGCAUCCGUGGUCGCCAAAUGGGUGAACAGAGGUCCCGGUCCUUCUAAUUUUAACCCCACAAUGACGAUGCAGGGCGGGAUGUACCAUUACAUGGGUCCCAUGAUGCCAUCCGAAGGGCGGGCGCCUUCCUAUGCUUCCGUUUACAUUCAUGACACUGACUACGCCACCCAGACGCGCACAAGGCUUGGAACCUCUAGACAACUGGAAGAGGCACUGAUGACGCAACUGACACACAUGCUGCACGAAUGCAACCCCUACGUGCAGACGUUUCUGUGUAUGCGAGAAUGGGCUCAAUCUCCUCACAACAACUGUCCUGCCACGUACCAGAUGGUCAUCCAUGCCGACCGCAGGCCAAGUCAUGAGCACGUGCGCCGGUACAAUGGUCCCGAAGCUUCUGAAGUCGCCGCAUUGAUCCCUGGAAAUGAAGACGGAGAGAUUGGGCGAAGAGAUAUCGUCGUGCGCAGGAGAGGGACUCUGAACAGUAACGGGAACGAAGUGCUGGAUCCGAUUUCAGUCAGUCAUCGCGCAUACGAUCCAUUGAGUUACGUGCUUUUGUUCCCGAACGGUAGAGAUGGAUGGUAUCCAGAGCUUCGAUUCUCCAGUGUUCAAGACGGCAGACGUACCAAGAUUACUCCGAUGAUGUACUACGGAUGGCAUUUGUUCGAAAGAUCAGGCGAGUUCAGCACAAUCUUGCACGCAGCACGACUCUUUCAGCAAUACUUGGUUGACCAGUUCUGCAAAGUGGAGGCAGAAAGGCUUUCUUAUCUCCGCCACAACCAGACACAACUUCGAGCCGCCGACUACACCUCACUGCGCGACAGCCUAGGAGACUCCCGUCGUGCUGAAGAUGAAGCCGAUGCCGUGCGUGCGGGACGACUGUUCAUUCUCCCUUCCACGUACAUUGGAGGUGACCGCUAUAUGAGGCAGCAGAUGCACGACAUCAUUGCUAUAUCGAACCAAAUUGGCCACCCGGACAUCUUCCUCACCAUGACAUGCAAUCCAAGCUGGCCGGAGAUCACAAGAGCCCUACUGCCGAACCAAACGCCUCAGGACAGACCGGAUCUGUGCGCACGUGUGUUUCGUCUCAAAAUGAAAGAUCUCAUGUCCUUGGUCAUCAACGAAGAAGUAUUCGGAACCGUUGUUGCCCAUGUACGAGUCAUCGAGUUUCAGAAACGCGGUCUUCCCCACGCUCACGUUGUAUUUUUCCUAGAUGAAGUCUCCAAGAAUGAUCUGCGUACUCCCGAAAACGUCGACCGCAUUAUCUCUGCCGAGAUCCCGUCUGCCCAAGAUCCAGAACUCCAAGAGGUCGUGCUCAAGCAUAUGAUUCACAAUCCAUGUGGAGAACACAAUCCAACAGCCGUGUGCAUGGGCGAGCGGUACUGCAGGAAAGGGUUUCCAAAAUCGUUCAAACACGAAACCAGCCAGUCCGACAGUGAGUACUACAUCACGUACCGAAGAAGGGCACCCUCUGCAGGUGGCGUCUCCAUCGAGCGACCCUCCCACAACUCCUGGGUCAUUCCCCACAGUCCUGUGCUUCUACGUUCAUUCGCUUGCCAUUUGAAUGUUGAACUCUGCGUGUCACGCGUUGGCGGAAUCAAGUACCUCUUCAAGUAUGUGUGCAAGGGACAAGACCGAGUGACCAUGGAAAUCACUGCCGAGAACGAGCGCUACGACGAGAUCUCCAACUUCCAAGAUGCCAGAUACGUUUCGGCAUCGGAGGCCGCAUGGAGGUUAUUCUCCUUUGACAUUGUAGACCGCAAUCCUCCAGUAGUCAGGCUUGCAGUGCAUCUGCCCAACCACCACACGGUUUACUUUGAGGAAGGGCGAGAGCAGGAGGCGGCGCUUCGACCAGCAACAGGCACGAAGCUGACCGAGUGGUUUAAAGCCAACGAGAAGUACCCAAGCGCGCGGCAUAUUCGGUACUACAAGUUUCCAAGGUACUUUACGUGGAAGACACACACCAAGUCAUGGACCUACGAUUUCAGUGGUACAGGUGUCAACGUAGUCGGUCGAAUCUACACUGUCAGUCCGAGGGAGGGUGAGCGCUACUUUCUUCGCCUCCUCCUCACACAAGUGCCAGGUGCAACAUCCUUCGAGAACUUGCGAAAUAUCGACGGCGAGCAGUGCACCAGCUUCCGACAAGCUUGCUUACUACUCGGUUUGCUGGCCGACGAUGCCGAGUGGAAGCACGCAAUCCGAGAUUCAUUCCGGUCAAGCUUCGUUCCUCUUUCUCAUCUGUUUGCUACGAUUCUGGCACACUGCCAGCCUUCGGACCCUCUCUCGCUGUGGAACGACCACCUGGACAUGUUUCUCACCGAUAUUCGCAAUCAGGUACAGGAGGCCCUGCAGAUCGUGCGUUCCGACUGGACACUCGCAAACUUUGGACUCCCACUGCCCAAUGACAGCCUUCCCGCUUUGGAACAGCAAAACGAGAUCGAGACCCCCGAAGCUAGAGCGCAGCAGUCGGAAGAGCGACUACAGACGUCUGGUCGUCUCUUCUUCCUCGAUGCUCCUGGCGGAACAGGCAAAACAUUCGUGCUCAGCGCCAUUCAAGACUUCCUUCGUACGCGCCGUAAGCAAGUCAUCGCUGUCGCUACGUCUGCUGUUGCUGCUGUGUUGCUCGACGGUGGACGCACCGCUCAUUCCGUGUUCAAGAUUCCCAUUCCUGUAUCUGCCGACAGCACGUGCAGCUUCUCCGCAAACUCCGACACUGGCCGUACACUGCAACAAGUCGAUCUCAUCAUAUGGGACGAGAUCUUCAUGUUCCAUCGACAUUGCAUUGAGACUGUCGAUCGCUCCCUUCGCGACUUGAUGCAAACCGACCGGCCCUUCGGAGGAAAGUUCCUCGUGCUCGCUGGAGACUUUAGACAAAUCCUUCCCGUCGUUCCGGGCGGGUCCCGAGGUCAAAUCCGCCUGGAAUGGAUCUCACUACCACAGUCCGUUGCGUUCGAGCAUACCAUCCGCAAUUUAUGCCUCAAGGUCUUCCAAGGGAUUCGAGACAAUCACGCCGACCCUGCCUGGCUCACCAAGCGCGUUAUACUCACCACAAAGAACAGGCCGCUCGAGGAAGUCAACGAGGUCAUCGGCAACAUGAUUCUGGGAUCGUAUCGAACGUAUUUGAGCGCAGACAAGGUCGACAACGAAGACACCAACGCGCUAAUCUAUCCCACAGAAAUGCUCAACACCUUGACCGCCGGAUCUGCUCUACCAGACCACAAGCUCAAGCUCAAGAAAUGCUUCAUCAACAUGGCCAACAACCUGCUCUUUCUACGCGUUACCACCGGGUCACACCAAGGCAACAGACUGUGUCUUCCUCGAAUGCCCUGCGGACCAGGAGACGACAACUUUCCCAUCCCUGGCUUCACCCGAACGCAGUUCCCCAUUCGCACGUGCUUCGCCCUUACAACGAACAAAGCGCAAGGCCAAUCCUUCGGUGGCCGCAUUGGUCUCGACUUACGAGAUCACUGCUUCUCGCACGGUCAACUCUACGUCGCACUAUCAAGGACUACUCACCCAGGCAACGUCACUGUCCUCACUCGAGAGUCCAAUGAAACAACGCGAAACAUAGUGUACCCCGAGGUCCUUCAGUAG